ACAGCCAGCCCGACGGACUUGCUGCUCCCUACUGUGCAAGGAGGGUGCGACAGCUUGGUGUCGCACGUGGCACCACAUGCAUGGCCCUGUCGUACUUGAUCAAACUGUGGGCGACUGACUCCCCGACCUGCCGCACUCGAUCCCGGUCGGUCUGUGGGCGGCUUGGUUCGCCCGCGUGACGUGGCCCAAUUUGAACUACGGGCGGAGCGCGGUUGUCCAGUGUGCGACACCUCGGCGCGACAAGGCAAGUUUGCAGCAGAUAUUAAGGCAAGUGCUUAUUUUUGGGGCUGUCCUUAAAGUUUCUGUCAAGCCAUGGAAGCCUGCAUGGGUUCCGCUUUUCUCCAGGCACAAAGCCAAGCUGCUGGAGUUAUGGUUGCUUCCUCGAGUACCCUGGUUGGCGUUGCUGGGCUAAUGGCCACUGCUCAGGAGAGGUUGCAGUGUCAGACGUUGCCGGGUCGCACAGUGCUUUCCUCGAUGGCACGCAGCCCAACAUUGGCACCAAGUCGGCGGGUCCAGGUGGGUUUGUUCGGCUCUCCGCAGAAGGGGAGUCUCAGAUCCGCUGUAACUGUUAUACGUUGCUCGAAGCCGGAAGCACAACCAAGUGUGCAGACCGCUAUCUCACCGGAUAUGGCAGAACGGUUGUCGUCUCUUGGGGGUAUCGUCACAGAUGCGGCCGUCCCAGAGGGACAUGUUGGACUUCAUGGUUUUCUGUAUGGAAGUGGCGGUGCUGAGGUGCAUGAUGGGGGAGCGAAGACUUACGUUGGGCGGCCUGGGGAGGACGAUGGCUCAAUCAUGCUGGCUUUCGAGGAUUGGGCCGAUCCGCGUGAGGGUCAGCGACCUGCCGGAGUGUUCGCCAUUUACGACGGUGACGAAUCCCUGCAGUAUGUCGGUUACUCUCGCAACAUUGUGGUGUCGCUGCGACAGUUUCGAAUGCGGAUGGGCGUGGAGAAAACGGGCAUGGUCAGAGUCAAGGUGUUGACAGACAAGGCGAUGCUCACGAGGGCGAAGCUCGAGGAGGAGAGGGAUAGAUGGAUGGGUGAGCUCACAGGAGGGAACCUGCUGCCUCCAGGUAAUGCCGAGGAGAAGGGUGUUUGGGAAGGGACAGAUGGCAGUGGCAAUGGCUCCGCACUGAUCGCAAUGACGGAGGAAGAGAGGGCUGCAUACGAGGAGACAAAGCUGAAGUUAAGGAAAGCAAUGGGAGACAAUCUCUAUGAUGAUGUUGAGGGUGAGGAUGAGGAUUCAAGGCAACGGCGGCUGAAUCUUCUCCGUGCUGUUGAGGGGGACGAUUGGAGUGGUGUGAUUGACAGGCAAACACGCGAAACUCAGGCUGGUCCUGCCCCAUCUGCACCGACUUCCACUGCCGCAAGCGAAAAACCAGCAGAAGCAGGUCAGAUCGUCAGUCCAUUUGCGAGGCCAGGUGCCCCUAAUAUAGGAUCGGCAGGUUCGGCAGUUGCUCCCCAGGUCCCUCUAGAACUUACGGCCGAGAAUGUGGACAAGGUCCUCGAUGAAGUGAGGCCCUAUCUGAUUGCAGACGGUGGCAAUGUUGAGGUUGUGACGGUGGAGAAUGGGGUCGUCGCCCUGCGAUUACAAGGUGCUUGUGGGACAUGCCCUAGCUCCACGGCAACCAUGAAAAUGGGGAUCGAAAGAUCGCUCGAGAGCAAAUUCGGCGAAAGAUUGAAGCAGGUGAUCCAAGUGGACAAACAGGACAUAGGGGCGACGGUGGAGUCGGUGAAUUCGCACCUGGAUAUACUUCGCCCCGCAAUAACCAACUACGGAGGUGAGGUUGAAGUGAUGGCUGUGAACACACAAAAAAGGUCUUGUGACAUAAGGUUCAAAGGUCCCGCUCCUAUUGGCAUGGGCAUACAGGCAGCCAUCAAGGACAAGUUCCCUGAUAUUCUAGUGGUAAACCUUCUGGAAGGUUGAUCGGUGGCUUUCUACUAUUGUUGUGUUUGACUUUUCUAGUGUGGUUGAUUCUAUAUUGUGGCUAACCUUUCUAGGUUAAAACUGCUAGAUGAUCAACAUUAUUUAAAAAAAAAAAAAAAAGAUGAUCAACAUUAUUCUAGAGCUCACUCUUCUAGGGUGGUUAACUGACUUUCUAGUGUAUUUGAUAUUGUACUGGUGGCUGUUGGAAUUCUAGGGGAUCGUGCGCGACUUGUAUAUUGUUGAUAUUCAGUACAUCAAAAUUUGAUGAUGCUAUCGAACACCGCCAAAAUGCGCCAAUCACCUGACUGCUGAGCCCACACCGCCUUUUUUUCCACACCAAACACACACUUACCCCAUCAAUGAAAUUAAUUUCAGUUC